ACCGUCCAGGUGUCGGACUUCGUGCGGUACCACUACAACGGCACCUUCCUGGACGGCACCCUCUUCGACUCCAGUCACAAUCGCAUGAAGACAUAUGACACAUACGUGGGCAUCGGCUGGCUGAUCCCGGGCAUGGACACAGGGCUGCUGGGGAUGUGUGUGGGAGAGAGGCGCAUCAUCACCAUUCCUCCUUUCCUGGCCUACGGCGAGGCUGGCGAUGGGAAGGACAUUCCUGGGCAGGCGUCGGUGGUGUUCGAUGUCAUGCUGCUGGACCUGCAUAACCCCAAGGAUAGCAUUUCCGUUGAGAACCAGGUGGUGCCCGAGAGCUGUGAGCGCAGGAGCCAGAGCGGGGACUUCCUGCGGUACCACUACAAUGGCACCCUGCUGGAUGGCAGCCUCUUCGACUCCAGCUACUCGCGGAACCGCACGUUCGACACGUACAUCGGGCAGGGCUACGUGAUCCCCGGUGUGGACCAGGGGCUGCUGGGCGUGUGCGUUGGAGAGAGGCGGCGGAUCGUGGUGCCCCCGCACCUGGGCUACGGGGAGGAGGGCAGAGGGAACAUCCCGGGCUCGGCUGUGCUGGUGUUCGACGUGCAGGUGGUCGACUUCCACAACCCCUCAGACCCUGUCAGCAUCACCUCCCGCUACCGGCCACCCGACUGCUCAGAGCUGAGCAAGAAGGGCGACUUCCUCAAGUACCGCUACAACGCGUCGCUGUUGGACGGGACCCUGCUGGACUCCACGUGGAAUCUGGGCAAAACGGACAGCGCGGUGCUGGGCUUCGGUCAGGUCGUGCUGGGCGUGGACAUGGGCCUCCGCGACAUGUGUGUGGGCGAGCGGCGCACCGUGGUCGUCCCGCCGCACCUGGGCUACGGCGAGGCCGGAGUGGCUGGGGAGGUGCCGGGCAGCGCGGUGCUGGUGUUUGACAUCGAGCUGCUGGAGCUGGUGGCCGGCCUGCCCGAGGGGUACAUGUUCGUGUGGACUGGCGAGGUGUCCCCCCACCUCUUCGAGGAGAUCGACAGAGAUGGCGACGGGGGUGUCCUCCUGGAGGAGUUCGCUGAGUACAUCCACGCCCAGGUGGGCUCUGGCAGAGGGAAGCUAGCACCUGGAUUUGACGCCCAGAUGAUCGUGAGGAACAUGUUUGCCAACCAGGACCGGGACGGGGACGGCAAGGUCACGGCCCAGGAGUUCAAGCUCAAGGGCCAGGAGGCCAAGCAUGAUGAGCUCUAGGGCGCCGCCUGCCCGUCACAGGUGGAUCGCCUUCUGUCGCCCAGGCUGCUCUCAAAUCCUGGGCACAUCCUGGCUACAGGCCCAACACCGUGGGCUGCCGGGGACGGGCCAGGCCCUCUACACAGAGCCGCAAGGAAACCUUUCCCUGUGUGCGGUGCUUGUCCCGGGUGUUUGCUGGAGCAGCGGGAACCCAAGAUGGAGCGGUAACACCCAGUCUGUAGUUCCUCUGCAGCUUCUCCCUGUGCCUGUCUCUAGUGUCCUCUCCUAGCUCCCCCAGCACAGGGCACUCUGGUGUCCAGAGCCCACCGUACCCCUCCAGUGUGACCCCUGCCCUCCGCCCACCUCCCGAUACCCUCUCCCCCGUCCCAGCCCGAAGAUGCAACAUGGCAGCUGCUCCCAGCACUGGUCUGGCAUCCGCAUGGGUGGUAGGGGUCACGACCUGAGGCAGCUGUGACCCAUGAGGCCGGCCACCCUCCCGUCCCUCUGUACCCAGCUUCCUCUCGGCUCUUCCUCCCCACCCUCGGGCUUCUGCACAGGAACCGAUGUCCACUGUCGCUUGCGUUUUCUUCCUGGCACAGUCAUUGUGUCUUCUCUUCUCCCAUCUCUCCCACUCGGGACGGAGGCUACACAAGGGCAGGAAGCGUGUCUCGCCUGCCACGUCUCGCUGCUCUAGAACCCACGUGCUCUUCAUUCCGUCCCCGCUACUCCAAGGCAGUCAGAAGCUUCACUCCAAGUGUGACUAUUCCGUUUGGUUGGUUUUGGGGUUUUUUGCAACAAGGACUUGCUGUGUGAUCCAGGCCGGCCUCCAAUACUCAAUCUUCCUGCCUCAGCCUCCCAAGGAGCUUUGAUUACAGUUGUGUGGCAACACGCCCAGCGCUGGGCAGAUGUGACUUUCAACACUUGUGGCCCUUACACUUUUCAUCUGUUAAACUGGUGCCAAAACCAGGGUAACUGUGAAAGGAGGGCGUAAUGGUGGAACUGUGGGGUGCCAUGGAGAAGCUUCAGGAUUAGUCAUUCAGGAUCAUGUUCAUCUUUUGUUUGCUGCUUCUCCUUAAAGUGUACCAAGGAGAGAGGGACCCCUCUGCCUCAGAGAGGUAGACUUGGCUGGCUCGGAGGCCUUCCGGACGUACACCAUGGCACUCAGGCUUCUUAUGAAACCAAUCUGGAAUGAGCUGGCAUCACUGAUUGUUUUCCCAAAUUUUUAAAAAAUCAGAAUUGUUGUAGCACUCAAAACUGCUCUACCUCAGAAAGCAAAAUUUACAGUCAGGCAGGUGUGGUGGCACACUCCUAUAACCCCAACCCUCAGGAGGCUAAAGCAGGAGGCUGGCCUGGGCUAUUGAAAGGCCCUGUCUCAAAAACCAGAAAAGGACAGGGAUGCAGCUUAGUUCUGGAGCCCUUAGCUCACACAAACGAGGCCAGGCUUCAGUCCCCCAUACCAGCUAAAGCUGGACCACUGGCUAAUGCUGGUGCUUUGGCAGAUGUGGUAGCCACUGUCCAGCAGCAGUGCUCACUGGGGCUACGCAGAUCCUCCAUCACACAGGCUGGAGCUCACUCUUACAGGUGUAACAGUAGUGAGCAGCUGUUGUUUUGAGUACAAACAUCUGCAGAGCAUGCACACUGGAGGGUAUGUUAAGCUCCCCACAGACGGGCACCUCAGAGAUCCGUGCAAGGCCGUCCUGAUUUUGGUGCCAACUCCCAGCCCCUCCUGGCGGACCUGCUGCCCAUGUGGGAUGGCAACCCAGCCGUGAGUCCACAGCCCCUUCCUCAAUGGCUGCAUGAGCUGACAAGCAUUCCACAUGUCACUAGCACCCAGGGGCAGUGAGAUGUGGCAGUGCCCCCCCAGGGGGCUGAGCCCUGAGAGCAUGCGGCACUGGAGCCCUGACCCUGGUGCUGACAGACGUCAACCAUGCCUUCCCCACUGGAGCCUUCUGGGUGCCAUGUUGUGCCUUGCAUGGGUGCAGACGCAUGUGUGUGUGUGUGUGUGUGUGUGUGUGUGUGUGAGAGAGAGCGAGCCAAGAUCAAACCCAGGGCCUGUGCUGUACUCUAAACACAGCCACACCUCCACCCAUUAUUUUUUGCUUUGCGUUAGAGUUUCAAUUCGAUCUCUGUUCCCUGGCUGGUCUCAAACUUGAGGACUUGAUCCAGCCAGCUCAGCCUCCCAGGGGCUGGAAUCACAGGUGGCCCCACACCCCCAGCUCACAAGUUUGAGUCUGAUUUUGGAAAUACAGGGAUGAACGAAAUAUAUGGUGAAUAUUUUUUUUAAAAGUUUUUUUUUAAUUUAUCAUGGUAAAAGACCAUCAAUCUCCCUCAUAAUCUCCCCCUUGGUUCACUUACACCAUAGCUUUGGCCUCUUUGUGAAGUGGACUUGAGCCUUUUCUGAGUGUGUUUACAAGGCAAGAUAAAAACGUGGUGAGAGCCACUGCUGAGUGUCCAACAGAAAAGCGGGCUGGUAGACAGCAUGGUGUGUCCCGGUCCUCCUUGUUCACGGGGUCUGAACUCAAAGUCAAGGUGACCAUGAAACAUCAACGUUUUGAAUCAACUCAGGACAUCAAGGCAGUCACAACAGCACAACUGAAGGGAAGGCUUCCAGAGCUGCAGCAAAAGGGCCAAAUAAAAACCUAAACAUUCACUGUACUUGCUGAUCAUAGCUCAGAGCCCUUAUCUUUUGCUUGUGCUUUUUUUUGAGACAAGGCCUCACGAAGUAGUUCCGGCGGGCCUACAGCUAUGUAGUCUUCAGCUGGCCUCAAAUUCGUGGCGAUCGAUCUCCUGGCGCCCAUGGUUAGUGUGUGGCGCCAACUGGAGUAUUCAUGGUUGUUCAUGGUAAGAGGACGAGUGGGCAUCCGCAGGGCGGGACCUGCCUUGACCACACCCCCUGGACCACAGGCUCCGCCCACAGCAGACGAGGGCCUUGGCUCCAGCUGCUGCGGGAUCUGCGGGGUGGGGUGGGGGUGCCCCCUCGCCUGUGGUAGAGUACAGCGCUGGCUUUCCCUCAUGUUUUCAACCGGGGAAAUGGUCUUCGUGAGCCCUGGUGUCCCGAAGGGCAGGUUGCACCCCGUAUGCUGUUAUUUAGAAGGUGUAAUCUGCAAGGCCAGGACCACAGGACCGUGAGAAUCGGAGAAGGGAGGGACGAAAGCACGGCAGUGUUCAGUAUUGCUGCAGUCUUUUGUUGUGUGGCUGGGGGUGUUGAGCAGAGGCUCCUGUAGCCCGGCCUGGCCGGAGCUCACGCCUCCUGCCUCAGCCUCCCAAGGCGUGUGCCGGGCCCAGCCUAAGCAAGCCAGCGCUGACAGCAGAAUUAAAAAGGCUCUCAUCUCAUGUUUAUUAUCGGUGCCGACAGAACGUGCAAUGCUCAGCGAGGUGAACACUGACUUCCCAGACAGGAAGGAUCACUGCGCGUGGUACAAUUUGGGAGGUGGAGAGGACACUGGCAUAACCACCCAAAUUACAAAAACGGCAGUCCUCAAAAUCAUGCACAUUAUUUCACCAUUUCAUAAAACACUUUACAUUUCUACAAACUUUCAUGUUGUAAAAAAAAAAAAAAAA